AUGUGCUCCGGCCCGCGCAAGCCGUCGACCCCGCCGCCGGUGGCGGCGGCGCCCAAGGAUUCGGCGGCCAUGGCCUCGCUCCUCCUGGAGCUGGCGGCGGCGGACGACGUGGUGGAGUUCAGGCGGGUCGUGGAGGAGGAGAAGGCGUGCCUUGAUGCCGCGGGGUCGUGGUAUGGGCCCUCGGCGGCCGGCCUUGGCCGGCUGGCCGCGGAGAGCCGGACGCCGGCCAUGGUCGCCGCGCUCUACGGGAGCACGGCCGUGCUGGCGCACGCGCUGUCCGUCGCGCCGGGCGAGGCCUGCCGCGCGUCCGGCACGGACGGCGCCACCGCGCUCCACCUGGCUGCGGCCGGUGGCGCGGCCAACGCCGUCGCGGCCACGCACCUGCUGCUCGCCGCGGGGGCCUCCACGGAGACGCUCUCGGUGUCCGGGCUCCGCGCCGGGGACCUGCUCCCGCGUGCCGCAGGCGUGGCCGAGAAGCCUCUCCGCCUGCUGCUCAAGUCCCCCGCCGUGUCGCCCUCCUCGUCGCCCAAGAAGUCCGCCUCGCCGCCGGCGAUGGUCGCCGCGCAGGAGCCGAGGAAGGAGUACCCGCCGGACCUCACGCUGCCGGACCUCAAGAGCGGGCUCUUCAGCACCGACGAGUUCCGCAUGUACAGCUUCAAGGUGAAGCCCUGCUCCCGCGCCUACUCCCACGACUGGACCGAGUGCCCCUUCGUGCACCCCGGCGAGAACGCCCGCCGCCGCGACCCGCGCCGCUACUCCUACAGCUGCGUGCCCUGCCCGGAGUUCCGCAAGGGCGGGUCGUGCCGCAAGGGCGACGGCUGCGAGUACGCGCACGGCGUCUUCGAGUGCUGGCUCCACCCGGCGCAGUACCGGACGCGCCUCUGCAAGGACGAGGUCGGCUGCGCGCGCCGCAUCUGCUUCUUCGCACACAGGCGCGACGAGCUCCGCUCCGUCAACCCAUCCGCCGUCUCCGUGGGCAUGAUGCAGCCCGUGUCCCCGCGCUCCUCGCCCCCCAACGGGAUGGACAUGGGGAUGCUCAACCCCGCGGGGUGGCCGUCGUCUCCGGUCAGCCGGCUCAAGACGGCGCGGGAGCUCGACUUCGACCUGGAGAUGCUCGCGCUGGACCAGUACCAGCAGAAGCUGUUCGACAAGGUGUCCAACAACGCGCACUCGCCGAGGGCAAGCUGGGGCGCGCCCAACGGCGGCCUCGGCUCGCCGCACGCCGCCGGGUCGCCCGCCAGAAACAUGCCGGACUACACCGACCUGCUCGGCUCCAUGGACCCGGCCAUGCUCUCCCAGCUCCACGCGCUGUCGCUGAAGCAGGCGGGCGACAUGUCGCCGUACAGCUCCAUGCCGGACACGCAGCUGCACAUGCCGACCUCGCCGAUGGUGGGCGCGAACAACUCGUUCGGCAUCGACCACUCCAUGGCCAAGGCCAUCAUGACCUCCCGCGCCUCCGCGUUCGCCAAGCGUAGCCAGAGCUUCAUCGACCGCGGCGCGCGCGCCCCGGCCGCGCGCUCCCUGAUGUCGCCGGCCACCACGAUCGGCGAGCCUUCCAUGCUCACGGACUGGGGCUCUCCCAGCGGCGGCGGCAAUCUGGACUGGGGCUCGCCCGGUGGCAAGCUGGACUGGGGCGUGCAGGGCGACGAGCUGCACAAGUUCCGCAAGUCGGCGUCCUUCGGGUUCCGCGGGCAAUCCGCCAUGCCGGCGGCCUCCCCAGCCACCCCGGCCGAACCCGACGUCUCAUGGGUGAACUCUCUUGUCAAGGAUGGCCACACAGGCGACCAUUUUCCGCAGUGGCUGGAGCAGGAGCAGAUGGUGGCCUAA